AUGCAAGGCGAAACCCCUCAUUUAACUCAUGCUCACCCAUGGGCUCACGAAUUCAUUUGUUGCGAUACUGAGCACGGCGCUUCCCCUUCAACCCCAAAUCAAAAAUCUUCUCUCUCUUCACUCCACCCAUCCCCAGCUGUCCAACAUCCAGUCUCAAACGCGAUCCUGGACCACACUUCAUCCCGAACGUCUCAUGAAGAUGAGGUCAAUAUGAACGAAGCUUGUCCGAUGGAAAUAUAUUGUUGUAAUGAUAUUUAUUGCGAAGCGGAGUGUGAUGGAGAUUGUACAUCGGGAUUGGAAUGUUGUACGGAUCUUACUCCACAAGCAGAGUGUGAUGCUUGUGCUCAUCAUGAGGGUGUGAAGGAGGAAAUGGGGGAUUUGGAGAAAUGGGCAUGUACAGCAGAGGGAUGUAAAGCUAUACAGCAAUAUUUGGAAUGCUGCACUCAAGCCGAUUGUGGUCUACCCAUCAUCGACCCACCACCUCACUCCCAUCAUACAGUCCCACAAACUAUACCAAUGCCUCUUUCGCAAGAUUAUCAUUCUAACGUCACCGUUCAUAUACAUCCUCGACAUGUCCCAUCCGACUUGGCUAGCCAUUCUCAGCAACAUAUCCACGACGUCUCUUCGCAUCAACAUCCGUUUCCAUUCAACACCAGCUCGACAACCCUGCCUACCCACGAUCACCAACAAUGUCAUACAUCUCCCGACAACAUUUUAGCGACUACAUUGGCUGCACAUACUUGUCAUUGGCAGAAUUGUCAUCAAGUCUUCGCUUCUAUGCCAGACCUUUUAGCUCAUGUAGCUUCAGACCACCUUGGCGCUCCUGGAUUCCCCCCUAUCACACCGAUCGCCACUGCACCCGUCGUGUGCAACCAAAACCAGCCUGUUCAGUUGUCCACUCAGUCUGCUGAAGACCAACUGCUGUCUUGUUUAUGGGACGACUGUUUCCCUGUUGAGACUCAUCCUGAGCCGGCUCAAUCUCUUCCAUCAUCCGACAUAGACAUGUCCGGCUCAAAAGCUCUAUCUACGCAAAUCGGACUCGAGACAGGAGUAUACCCACAGCACAUGUCACAUCAAAACACGCACGAGCAUACGAAUAGUAACGGGGAACCGUUCUCCCCUCAGACGAUACUUCGUCAUGUUUUGGAAGAACAUCUCGGGAUCCCAGGGGAGAUUAUAGGAUGGGAUUCCGUCCCUAUAUCACCUAUAGAGCUCGCUCAACCUUCCAACCAAAUACCUCAACAUCAUCAUCAUUUACAUUCCCCUCACUCUCAUUCACAUCCACAUUCACAUACACACUUACCAAGUAAAUCAGAGGACCAUUCCUCACCACUCAUCAAUCAAGUUCUAAAGAAUCAGCUUGCCAACGCUUCAUCUCGUCUGUUGGGUCAUCCCACUCGUCAGAAGAAUGACAUCAAAGGGAAUGGCUCACAAAAUCAACUACCAACCCCAGAACCAUCCACCAAUCCUCCCUCUCCUCACUGUUCUCAUAUAUGUCAAUGGGCCAACUGUCAUCAUGACCCAUUUGAGGAUCCCGCGAGUCUCAUGGAACAUCUUACAGAGGUACACGUGGGGAGAGGAAAGGAUAGCUAUAUUUGUCAAUUUGGCGAAUGUGGUCAAGAAGGACGAAAGUUCAGUACGAGACAAAAAGUUUUAAGACAUUUACAGAGUCAUACGGGGCAUAGACCCUACGUGUGUCAGAUAUGUGAUCAAGCGUUUAGUGAGCCGGCACCAUUGGUCGCUCAUAUGAGGAGACAUGCGAAAGAGAAACCAUUCCGGUGUGAACACCCAGGGUGCGGGAAAAUAUUUGCUAUAGCUUCUUCACUAAUCAUUCACAUGCGCACGCAUAGCGGAGACAAACCAUGCAUAUGUCCAUACUGUGAUAAAAGAUUUGUGGAAGCUUCCAACCUUACGAAACAUAUCCGUACUCACACCGGGGAAAAACCUUUUCAUUGUCCUCAUCCUUCGUGCGGUAAACGUUUCGCUCGACCGGAUCAAAUGAAACGUCAUAUGAUAGUGCAUGAUACGAAUAGAAAGCGUGUCAAAAUAUGAUAAAUCAGUAUACAAGUAUGCAUUCAAGAGGUCUGUCGU